AUGGCUCCUUCCUUCCAGAAUCAAACCAGUCCCCAGGACGUGUGGUAUGUUCUGAUUGGAAUCCCAGGACUGGAAGCCUUGCACACCUGGAUCUCCAUCCCGAUCUGUUUCAUGUACUUUGUGGCUGUCAUAGGCAACAUCUUCCUGGUUUUCCUGAUUGUGACUGAGCGCAGCCUCCACGAGCCCAUGUAUCUCUUCCUCUCCAUGCUGGCCCUGGCAGAUAUCCUACUUUCCACAGCCACAGCCCCCAAGAUGCUGGCCAUCUUCUGGUUCCAGUCCACAUCUAUAUCCUUUCGAAGCUGUGUGUCACAGAUGUUCUUCAUACAUUUCAUCUUUGUGGCAGAAUCUGCUAUUCUCCUGGCCAUGGCUUUUGACCGCUAUGUAGCCAUCUGUUACCCACUGAAAUACACCGCAAUCCUUACCUCCACAGUCAUUGGGAAGAUUGGCAUAGCGGCCAUGGUCCGAAGCUUUCUCAUUUGCUGUCCAUUCAUCUUCUUGGUAUAUUGACUCUUCUAUUGUGGGAGAAAAAUCCUUCCCCAUUCCUACUGUGAACACAUGGGCAUUGCCAGGUUGGCAUGUGACAAUAUCAAUAUCAACAUCAUUUAUGGACUGACUAUGGCCCUGCUGUCCACAGGGCUGGAUGUAGUGUUCAUCAUUAUGUCCUACACAAUGAUCCUUCGUACAGUGUUUCAGAUCCCUUCCUGGGCGGCCAGAUUUAAGGCUCUUAACACCUGUGCCUCCCACAUCUGCGCUGUGCUCAUUCUGUAUGUGCCUAUGAUAGGCUUGUCUAUUGUCCAUCGUUUUGCCAAGCAUUCCUCUCCCCUCAUCCACAUCUUCAUGGCUCAUAUCUACUUAAUGGUUCCACCAGUGCUCAACCCAGUCAUCUACAGUGUGAAAACCGAGCAGAUCCGCCAAGGGCUCCUCCACCUACUACCUCACCCCAAAAUUAGGUCUGUUGUGAUGUAG